CCUUUCAUAAAUUGGCAUAUAAAAGGCAGGCAAAUCUUUGUUAUUGUAUUUUUAUUUAAGAUCUCUUUUAUAAGAAAACAGUAUGAAGAUAUUUUCGGCAUUAUUUUUCGCCGUUUUCGUGACUCAAACCUGGAGUUAUUCUGAAAUAGGAACCUUUACGAUGGGCCAAGGAUGUUUGUUGUGUACUGAGGAGUAUGAACCUAUUUGUGGCGCUAAUGGCGAAGGAAUUAGAAAAACUUUUGGAAACGAUUGUGAAUUGGUCGAGUGGAAUUGCCUCGUAGAAGAUGAUUAUAAACACAUAAGUCAUGGAAUUUGUUCAGAAUCUUUAGAAUCUGGUUUAUUGAACGGAACAUGUACCAUUGUUUGUCCAGAUAACAGACAACCGAACUGUGGAUGUGCAAAGGCAAAGUGAACACUUUUGGAAAUGAUUGCAAUGUAAACCAAUAUUAUUGUCGAAACACUUACAGAUUAUUUAAUUUUGUUUAUUUUAGUCCACAAUAUUUAAUAAACGCUUAUUACCUUGGA